AUGCGAUCUCCAAACGACAACACAGACAACUAUUCACGAUUAUUCUAUCAACCUAAUAUAUUUGAGGAUGACGAAGCAUUCCUCAAAGACAGCAACAAUAAUUCCCUAUGGAGUAAAAUUAUAACAUAUCUCAAAUUAUAUUUACUAUGUAAGAGGAAAAAGGUGGAUAAAAGACACUCAAAUGAAGACUUUGAUAAAGAGUACGAACAGGUUUCGGCUAUUCCUAGAAAAUUAUACUCGUUCACUGAACUAGAACUUCGUAAUAUUACACCUAUAAUAAAAGAUGUCAUGGUACAGACAGGCAGUAGUUUAGAAGAUUAUCAAAUAGAUACUAAAGAUGAAGAACAAGAAGAGACAAAGGCAACAGAUAAUUCUAAGAUUGUUGACGCAAAGAGUAGUAGCGAAUUAAAUCUCCUGAAAAUUAUAAGAAACUUGAAGAUCCAAUCUCCAGAAGAAUCCAACGCUUCGGAUAAUAAAGAUGCAAACAAAACAGAUAACCCAGAUGUGGAGGAAACAGAAAUACACAGUACCAUUUAUGAGAAAAGUGCGAAUCGAGAGACUGAACCGCCUUCCAUCCUAACAGUGCAUAAAAAGGGACAGCAAACAAGAAAACAAUUGAGGUUUGAUGAAGAAAUUGCCAUAAUACCCACAAUCGAAGGUGAAGAAGAGAGUGAGCAAAGUGAAUCAGCUGCGGGAUCUAGCAGACACCUAAAUGCCGGAAAACAAGUGGGAAAACGAUCUAGCAAUAGUGGAAACGAAUUCAUGAGGUUUUGGCGAAGUAGCAAGAGCAAGAAGAGCAAGUCAUCGAAAAAGUCGCACCUGUCUUUGCGUUAA